GAACAAGUGCAAAUCGAGGUUAUCUAGUCUUCCUCAUUCCUUCCUAGCCGGACCUUGCAGAUUUCGCUCGGGCUAUUGAAAUUGUCGGGUUGAGCCACUGAAAGUGUUGCAACUAACCAAUCCCUGAAGAAAACUAGAAAGUAACAGUCUUUCACUAAAUUCUGAUCCUUUGAACAACGGGCUUAACUACUAGAUCUAAUAAUUGAUGAUAGUUUGUAUGGAUUUUAUAUGUUUAACAUUUCGACGGUAGAAAACCUUGAAGGUAAAGAAAUAGUACUCUUUGGAAAGAUCACUCUGGCGAGAACAAGACCAAGGUAUAGGGCCUUGGUGGGAAUUAUUUUUUUCAGGAAAAUUCUUUAUGCUAAAAUCUAGAUUUUGCAACUAGAACUAAACCCUAACCCCCAGGAGGGUCGAGAAUAAAAAGGACGGAAUAGAACAGGUCAGCAGGACACUUCAGGCGCCCAAAAGAUUUGUCAAAAGUUUUCGACAUUUGAUAUCAAGAUUAUGCAAAUAAGAGAUACCAUAUAGUUGCACAACAGCUAACAUUAUAUGCUGCGCUUUAGAUUGUAGUUAAAUGUAUGUUUGUAGUUAGAUCUAAAAAAAAACUUUAGUUAUAUCCUUAUACAUAAUUCAUCGGCACACAACAAUUAUUUAGAAUGUGCAGAUUUUUAUAUUGACUUUAUUGAUUUUAAGUUUACAUUUUUAUAGUCACCUUUUUACCUUUAGGACCUACCUUUACCUAUCCCUUAGUCUGUUGGGGCACCAUGCAAGAUUUGUAGACCGUCUUUCUCCAUUCCUCUGUCUUUUGCCUUAGAUAGAACCUCUUUCAAUUAUGAAUGGACGGGCCUGCCAUAAAGUCACCAUUUACCUUGAACCAUAUCAAUGCACUGUUGGUCCUUACUGUGUUUUGAAGUUGGCAUCCCUUAAAAACUUACUAACGAAACAAUUCAACUUCAAGAUAUCUACUAAAAUUACAGUUAGCCUCAUGGAAACAGAAACUCUCCAAGAAACUCUCUCUAAGAUGAAAUGGCAGAGUUGGCGCGCAGUUGACAACCAAGGGAGAACCACUGCUCAAGGUUGACAACUGUUUAGUCGUCUGCUAGUUUUAUUAUCGACUGAAAUCGUUCUGUUAAUAAAAUAAAAAUAAAAAUAAAGAUAAACCUAAACCAAUACAUUUUAGAUGCUAAGAUAUAUGUACAAUUUGAAAGUCUAAGUGAUUUAAUUUUACACACAAAAAGUGUAAUUUAUUGGUUUACAUUUAUAAAGAAUUUGACUAUCGAUUAUCUUGUUCCUUUUUUUUUUUCUGAUUGUUUAUGCAUGACAUUUGCAGUGUGCUGAUAGUUGUGAUGUUUUAGUUCGAAGCGCCUUGAGAUAAACAGUCUCAGGUAAACAUAUUACUUACUUUUCUGUGCACGUAUUUCAUUAUUGGAAUACUAGUUUUAGUGCUGUGUUGGAGUACUCUAAACAAUUCUUAUCUAGAUCCAAGAACCAUUAAUGUCUUGGGUAAAUAAAUGUGUCAGCGCGAUGUAAACAAAUCUAAGCGAACAGUUUUAUAGUUCAGUGCGCGCUGCCUUGCGUGUGUGCGUGUGUUAUGUUUAAGGUGUUAAAGUCAAUGAGCUCGAUACAUGUCAAAAUAAACAAAAAAGAUCUAGACGCUUAGGCUCUUUAAGGACAGUGCUUGCACACUUCUGAGCACAUUACACCAUAAUCACCUUUCGUCAGGACAGACAUCCUGGAAAAAUAACUAGGUCACGUGCCGUGACCUACUGACAGACUCCCAUUCAUGUGACUGUGUUAACAGUAAAUGAAAAUAUAUACAUUGAAGACUUAGAAGAUGUGGACUCUUGAUUUAAGUGUUGUAUUGAUGAGGGCCCAACUGGGACAGCGAGUCUGGUAUCUACGCCAACCAGUUGAAGUGUCGACUACCUACACGUGAACGAAAUGGCGCUAGGAUACGAGCGACCUGUUACUUACGAGUCUUACGCACCACCACAUUUCCUCCACUACGACAGCAUGAACAUCAAGAAAGAGCCGGGCACAUUCGAUUACCACAAAAGAUCGUCUGAGAACAGUUGCAUGUACAGCUCCAUGGAGUCCAAACGAUACUUAGCCAAGGGCAAACCAUUGCCUAGUGACUGUGAACUGAAUAGCUGGGUCAACAAACAUCCCAAGCACUGGACUAAGACAGAAGUCCUGGACUGGAUCUACUCGGUUGUUGAAACGGAUCACCUUGACGGGUCAAAGGUUCAAGGUGAGGCAUACAGGGAGUUCACAGGUGAAAGGUUGUAUAAAAUGAGCAAGACGGAUUUUGAGAACGUGGAUCCGAACUACGGCAGCAAGAUGUACGACACGUUCCAUGGUUUGAUCAACAACAUCUCUUUUGAGAAGCCUUCCUCUGAUUUAGACGUCAACUUGCUGGAUGACUUCAACGCCCAGAACUGCGACUACAGUCUUCGAUUCAACAAAGACAUCUUAGAACGUUUCAGACCCAGCCAUCCACACAGUGAGAACAACUUCUCAAGAAAUAAGAGAAAUGGUUUCUCACAAAAUGACACAAGUCUCAAAGUGAUUGUCAAAGAAGAUGAGAUGAAUGUGGACCUUCCAGAUUUGGGCAUCUAUUCUAUAGACCCUAACAUUAACCUGCCCUUAAAUCUUUACAGUGCGGCGUCGUUUCAGGCGCCUUACCCAUACACCUGCUAUACGCCGCCCCAACACGUGUCUUCCUCGACGCCGCCCUACGCCCCAUCGUCGCAUUUACCCUCAUCGUCGUUACCACAGCCAGCGUCGUCAUCUUCGUCGUCCAUGCCUAACUUCCAUCUGACUUGCGACGAUGACAUGAGGGUCCGCAACGGGUACCGCAGUCUGCCCUCCACCAGCAACAGGUUACCCGUCUCCGUCCAGCACACGCAGCCGGCACGCACUUCUUCGGCGUCUUCCCUGGGAUCCUCGCCUCGAAGGCUGGAUGACAGCGGAGAUCUCGAUUACUCCAGCGAUGAGUCCACUCCUAACAGCGUUGUAGCGACAUUGGGUUCCAGCUCUUCUCUUGAAGAUAUGGACCUGGGCGAAUCCUUGUGUGCCGGUAUGCCUUACAAGAAUGAAAGCCAGACAUCUGGAAUCAAACUAGCCAAUGGCAAAAAGGGUCGAAGCCACGCAACCAAAAAUGGAAAUCAUCUUUGGGAGUUUGUCAGAGAUUUGCUCCGUGAUCCAAAGACAAAUCCGAAUUUAUUGAAGUGGGAAGACAGGGAGAAUGGAGUGUUCCGCUUCGUCCAGUCAGAGGCCGUGGCCCAACUGUGGGGGGAGAAGAAAAACAACCCCCAGAUGACCUAUGAGAAACUUAGUCGAGCCAUGAGAUUCUGUCGGACGGCUGGUUACUUCGACAGCGUGCCCAAAAAUGGGAAAUUCCCCAAAAAGUUGUGCUUCAUGUUCGGGAAUAGAGCUUAUGGCUGGAAAGACUAGAAUUCCCACUUGGUGUGCUUUUCAAUAUGGGAAGUGAAAGAUGAACUGAUUCGAGUGUCAUCUGUGAGAUCAUUACGUAAUACCAUUACACAUCCUGUAUAUACAAACACAAUGUGAACUGAUGUUGUUGUUGUUUUUUUCUUUACACAAUUCUUUAUUGUUUUGUUUUUAUGGUUGAUACGUUAUUGAAACCAAUGAUAAUUGUUGACUUUGAAUUGUUGCUAAAAUCCAUAUUGUGUCAGAUCUCUAAAUAAAUGUGCAGGUUCAUUGGAACUGUAGAUGGCGCUCUGAUAUUUCACACAAAUAUUUGACAAAAUGUUUAUUUAUUUAUUGUUUUCUUUCGUUAUUUAUUUAAAGCUCAUUUCAUUUAUUUUUUCGGUGAGGCUUCACACAAAAGUGAGCGAGGCCUAACAUGAUAAGUGAGUUCAUAUCAAAUAAUCCAAUUACUUAUCAUUCCAUUUUUUUUGUCCAUGAGAGUCUUAGUUUGCAUAUGUAGAAUGAGUCUUCAUGUAACAAGAGAGAGGCCUCAUCCCAGUAGCAAGGCCUCAUCUGAGUAGUAAGGCCUCAUCGUUGUAUCACGACCUAGUUCCAGUAUCAUGACCUCAUCGAAUAUUGAGGCCUCAUCCAAGUGUCCAACUAUUUAUCAUUCCAAUAUUAUUGUAAUUGCAUUUCAUUUUGUAUCUAUUUGAAGCUUUAUCAAAGACUAGACCUCAUUCGAAAAGUGUCUUUAUAUUCAUCCUUCUCUUAUGUGUUUGUGUGUUCAGGAAGCGAGAGUGUGUAAUACGUAAGAGUCUAAAUAGAGUCUAGAUUUCAUAGGUUCAAGAAGUGUAGAUCAACAUGAAAGUCUAUUCCUGUCAAGCAGUUUUGUCUUCUCCUAGACCUGUCCCUUGCGAAGUCCUAAGCCAGAUCACAGCUGCUGUCUUUACCUUCACCUAUCCUUUAGUCUGUUGAACCGUUAAAGUACCACACACAAGAUGGUUAGAAUUUCAUUCAAUUUCAGGCCUGUCUAUUCUUUGAUGUUGUCUUCCUAUCGCUUCCUCCGUCUUCCUCUUCUUCUUCUUCUUCCUGGUACUGUCCACUGAAGGAAAGUCUUUGCGAGCCCUGAGGACCUUAUGAUGUGGCCAUAGCUGUCAUAAGUACUAUAAUAUUGUUUUUUUUUGUUUUAAAUAAUAUAUUCUACUUAUCUAUGUUGGCUUCCUUAAGCCGUAACGACUAUGGUUCAUCUCGCGGAGGUACUUUUCCAUGUGACUGUGAGCCCUUUCUUGAAGAGACACUCUCGUCCACAUAUAUAUCGAAGGGAGGGCUUUCGCUUUUGGUUGUAGAGGAGUCAGACAUUUUUUGUAUGGUACCCUUUUUUUCCAGAGCUGAGGCCCAUGAUUUUUCGCUGUCCAUAGCUUUCUAGGUAACCAUCUGUCUCCACAUAGUGCCGUCCAGGGCCAUGUCUUCCCAAUGGUCAAUAUCAAUGUUCACUGUUUUGAGGUCCCGUUUGAUUGCAUCCGUGUAACGGAGUUGGGGCGACCAGUUUUUCCUGUGCCGAAUUACCGUAAAGAAUGACUUUCGGGAUGCGAUUGCCCUCCGACUGGUGAGCAUUGUCAAGCCAUCGCAGGCGGCGUUGUCUGGGGACUGUAAAGAAGCUGGGAAGGCCCGCAAGGAUCUCAGUAUUGCACACUCUCUCUUGUCAUGUGACUUUCAAGAUCCUUCGAAGGCAGCUCAAGUGUAGUGAGUUUAGUUUUCUCUCUUGCUUUGUGUAGGUAGUCCACGACUCACUGCCGUACAGUAGCGUGCUAAGACCUUGAAGACCUCUAUUUUGGUCACUGUAGUGCGCUUCUGGUUUCCCCAAGUCUUGGUCUAAGUCUAGUCUCUCUUGCAGCUUUCCUUAUGUUUUUUAUCUCCUUUUCUAGAGACCUGGUAUCAUUUUCUCUAUAAAGAUUGACCUUUAGGUAAAUUCUUUUUUUUUUAGUAUGUCAUACAAAUGUCACUGAUAGUCUUCAUGUAACCUUUCUUGAGUCCUAAGCUAAUAAAUAUUUAAGUAUCGAAUAGCAGAUAUACAUUAACUGUUUGUACAGGAUUUGAAAUAUAUCUUGUAUGCGUUUCCUUUGUAUUUUCUGUUGUUUUAAUAUAUUAAUAGACACGGGAGUACACAAAACAGUAUUGCUCUAUCUGUUCCCGAAAACUUUGUUAGCUAGAAACCUUGAAGCAAUUAGCAAUUGAGUUAAGGGAAAAAUAAUAAUUUAAUUAUACUUCAGACAAUUCAAUGUAUAAAACCCAAUAACUACGACCGGUGACUAUGUUACAUUUUAACCUAUAAAAUAUUACUUCUAGUCUUCUUGACAGGUGAGUUAUAAAAAGACAACCGGUGCAACAGAAGUAUUGAUAUUCAUGUUUUAUUUAUUAUUUUUUCCAUUGUCCACUUUAAAGCUUCGAGAGAACCUUUCAAAGUUGUGGCAAGGUUUAAGAGUCUAAAAUUAAAAGUAAUAUUCCAAUUAAACAUUGACAUGAAAGGUUAACAUCAUUAUUUGAAUAUUAUUUAUAUAACCAUUACCACAAAAUGCACAUUUUAGUGAGAUAAUAAAUAGCGAUAGAAACAUCAGGCAGGCGUAUAGGCGACAGGUUAUGAAAUUAAUAUAAGACAUAGGCAUACACAAAAACGUAUGUACAGAAUUAUUAUUUGGACACUUUAAGUCCAGAAAUAACUCUGCUAGAGAGUUUCCAUUUAUGUAUGAGUUAUCUCUCUUAAAUGUCUGUACUAAAAUUAAUUUAUAAUUUGUAUCUUUUGCUCUUUGUUUGUACAUUUAGCUUUAUAAAAAUAUUUUAAAAUUUACUUUUCAUAAUUUCGAUUCUUUUUCUACACUAAAACAUUUAUCAUAAUGACAUAUUACAUACAUAUUCAUUACUGAUUACUUUGUUUCAAAAAUAUCAAAUUUAUUGAUAUAAAUCAAUUGUUUGUAGUUCUGGACAUUUGGAGAUUGAAUUAAUUAGACGAGUAGUUUUGUUUAACAUUAGCAAUUUAUAUUUAUUUUGCAUUAUUUUUUUUUCAUGCAUUCUCUUUUGACGUGACAUAUCUUGGUACCAAUAGUUUCUGACAAUGUAUAUAUAUAUCUGCAUGUACUCCAAACCCUGUCACACGCAAGACACCUUCAAAAGCUCAUUGUAUUUUGGUUUUUGGUUAAAAGUCUCAGCGCCUUCUAGAGUCUCUAUUCAACUGUUCACAGUAACAGUGUUUAUAACAGCCUUAGUAGAAACUGGUGGGGGGGGGGGAGGUUGAAAUAUAGUUUUAUUUUCUUUCUUCCCUUGACUGCCAAAAGUCUUUGCUCAUUGUACGACAUUUCUAGUUUUAACUCUCAGGCUACACCUCAUACCCCCCCCCCACACACACAAAUCCUUUUUUUUUUAAAUCUUAUUAUAAUUUGAGACCAAACCAAACAGAAAUCUUCUGCCCCCCCCCCCCCACUUUCUCUUUCUAUUUAUCUCUCUCUCGACGUGAAUGUUAUUAGCUAAUGAAUGGAGAUUUGUCCUUCUAUGUACGUAUAUAAUUGUAACAAAGAUCUGCCAUCCUUUUACUCUGUAACUGUCACCAGAACGCAAUAUGUAAACUCUCCUAACGCCGCAUACAUUGUUGCUGCUCAUACGUUCCUUGUACAUAGAGUAUAUUUGUUGUUAUCAGAUAUUGUUAUGUACUAACAUUAUAACAUUCCUGUUGUCUGUUGUUAGGCAAUGUUAUCAUUUUUAUUUUGUUUGUUUGUUUGUUUGUUUAACUGGUCAUAUGGACACAAUUUUGUUUCGUUGGUGUCAUCAUUAUACUCUCUCAUCAUUAUGUUGAAUUAUUUGUUGAUUGUUCAGUGUGAAGACUAAUAAAAGACUUGUUCACUUAUGACAUCGUUCCACUCAGGUAUCACGUGAUUUCCGUCAUAGAAAACUCUUGUCUCGUCCUAAUAUGUCCUUGUUGUUGUUUGUUUUUUUUAUUUGUCCUCAAGUGUAAGAUUCUAGGCAGCUACAUUAUUUACAUUUUGAAUGUGUCCAAAAGUUCCCCGUUCAGACCUUAUGAUCUCUAGGGAAGAUAAUGUAAAGGUCAUCUAUUUCUGUAGCCCACGAUUAACAAGAGUGUCAUGUGACCAGCACAACGACCAACCGCCUUUUCUUUUCUUCAACUAACGUGAGGUUCCCAUUUACAGCGGGUGGACUCAGAGACGCCCUAAAGAUCCCGAAAUAAAAAAUUCCAGCUUUCACCAGUAUCAAAACCCAUGGCCUGUCGGUUCGGAAUCCAAGCGCUUUACCAUGUAACCACCGCUCCUUCAAAUUUUUCAUGUAGUUUUCUAAAUCAAAAAAGCUGGGGGGGGGGGGGGGGGAAGAAAAUUAACUCGAAUAAAUUUUGUAAAAUACAUAAGUACAUUGCACAUGUCAUACUACAAACUACACAGUGAACCCAACGUAAGGGGGAAAGGGGGAACUACGAGAAGGUUUCCAAUGAGUUUCCAGGCGGAUUUUAGGCAAAGUACAACUCGUGCUUGAGUCAGAAUUUUUACUUGAGCACCCUUAUUGAUAGCCAAGAGAUUUCACCACUCAACCAUACAUCAAUUGCACACUAUAUGAGGUCUCAAUUCAGUACACUUAGUUCAGAUCUAUGUUACUUUUAAAGUUGAUGCUCUAAAAAAUCUAUGUUGGAAAUCUGGCUGGUCGGAUGGUUUGUUAUACUUGUACUGUGCAAGGCGGGGUGGUCGAAUCGAAUUCCAUGGUUCGUGCCCUCGUUUAUUGUGUGACCAUAUUUGUGGAGCACUAAAGCAUUGUUAAAUUGUUCCCUUUUAUAUAUGUAAUACUAACCGGAGAUGACCCGCGGCUUGCGGGCCUUAUUUUAUGUAUAACUCAGCUAGUGGAUUGAAUUUAUAUCUAUUUAAAACAUGGCGUAUGUUCCUUUAACAUUAUUUGUUUAUUUUGUCACGAAAAUGAAAGUAAAGUGUGUACGUGGGUUUACCAAUUUAGCUGACAGAGAUAUGUAAUUUUAAAUGCUAUGAAAACGGGUCUUUCCGACUUGUUAAAAAGUUUCGUUCUUUAAUAGAGAUAAAAUUAGGCACUUCCGGUUGUGGGAGCGACAUUAAACAUACACAACGUCGCAGCCAUGUUCUAAGAAACAUUUAAGCCAAGUUUUAUCAAGAUUGGUCAAAGGGUUUUGAUUUAUGAGGGACAUACAUUAGCAUAUAUUUGCUGUGGCUAGGACAUGUAUACUCCUUACAUUCUACUGUAUAUAUUAGAUGUAUGAUUGUUAACUUAUAUUGGUAUACAUUUGCCCAAACAUAUUGAGAAUCUUUGCACAUAGAAAUAUAUGACAUUUCAAGUUCAUGACAAAAUUUAGAUCAGAAACAAAUUGAUGUUUGUAGCCAUUUGAUCUUUAUGCCUGUGGAGAACGUAGAGGUUAAAGCAAUGCUUCAUUUCAACAUUAACAGUCUUUAACUUUCAGCUAUUUUUAUAGCCUCUUUGUGAAACUCUAGGAUAUGUACAAAUAAAAGCCAGACAUUUGAAAAAAUAUUUGACACUCGGUAACCCACACACACAUUUAACAUAGAAUUUAGUAGGAUUGUCCUGUGAGUCAAGAAAGCUUGGCAACCUUUAAUAUACAAUAUAGCAAAAUGGUCAAUCACAUACGACUGGCGGACUGGCUUUUUGGGCAAUCAGGCAAAUGCCCGGUAGGUCGGCACCACGUAGGCCGAUAGUUACGCCGCUAACUGGCCGCUGUAAAUGGUUUUAUAUAGCCUUCUCCUUUUUAUUGGGCAUACGAACUGUUCAGUCUGGCUCUCUCUUUUAUAAAAGAUCUUUAUCAGAGUUUACAGCGUAAAGCCAGUGUACCACAGUUCCUGCUUUUGCGUCAUAGCUUGCACCCGUAGACCGUGCUUCUGGUGGGCAGAAGUCACAAAGCGAUUAACGAACAUUGACUUUAACCUUUUAUUGUCUUGUAGAAAAACAAAAAAAUUGGGUGCCCACCUCAUGGUACGCGAUCUGUAAGCCGGAUAUUUGCUUAUCCAAGAACCGAUUCUCAUAUAAUUUCCGCCCCUGACUGGAUACUUACUGGAUUUAGUUGUAAGUCAUGAUUCUAUCUUUGUUAUAGGUAGGUUUUACUCAAACAUACGUCUUGCUGCAUAUCAAUGUCUAAUGUUUCUUGAGUUAUUGGUUGAAGGAACAAAUUAUGUUAACUUUUGACAUGUUACACAGUUUCCAAAAUACAUUCCUCAGUAUCAGCUCAAACGUGUGUCGAACUCCUCGAAUGAAAUCUUGAAUUUCUUCUUGCACAUUGGCGGGGAAAGUUCGCAUAAAAGCGCAUUGUUUAUUUAGUGGAAGCAUAGGCAAACCUUCCAUAAACAACUAGAUUCUUACAGAAUUUUAAUCUGUCAGAAAGAAAACGUGUUUAUAGUCGUGCUUAAAUGUCAAAAUGAUGAGAUACAAAAAUGGUCUCUGUUUCGGUGUUUAAUUUGAAUGAAACUGUUGUUUUUAUUUCACUUUUUGUUUUGGAAUUUGUUUUCUUCUUAUUUGUACAUGUAUUUUUAUCAUGUUCUUGUUGUUUUUUUUCCAAAGAGAACAAAUAAAGACUAGACUUUUGA